AUGGAGUAACUUUUGAAGGAUAAAGGGUAUUUUAAAUUCAUUAUUGGUCGUAGUAGAGUAAAAGGAUAGUUUAACAGAGAAACUAUACAAAGGAAGUAUUAUGAAAAGGAUUGGGUAAAAUAGAAGAUUGAAAUGAAGGAAAUUUUAGAAGUUAUAGAUGAGAUUGAAGAUAUGUGUCAUCGUUUCCUGAUCAAUAGAAUUAUUUUUGCUCUCUAAAUCUUCUGUGCUAUUAUGGCGUUUACUUUAUUUAUAGUAGGCAUUAUUGUGAAUGUUUAAGUAACUAAAUCUGACAGCACAGUCAAGGUAUACAAUUUUUGGGAUUUGAGCUGGCCAUAUUUCUCUUGUUUUUUCUUUAUCCCUCUGAUUUCACUUGGGCUAUUCUUCAUAAAUAAGCACCACCUCAAUAAAUAUGAAAAAAUAAUAUCAUAGUACUUUGCUGACAUAAAUAUUAAUAUUUUUGAAAAGAAACAAAUUAUUUGGAAAGUUGGAGAUCUUUGUUCUUACAUUGACCUAAGCUAAGUUUCAAAACUGAGAUCAAAGAGCUAAGAACUAAGCGUGACUUCCCCUCAAAGCAGCUAAACUAGUAAGAAAAUGGAUAUUGAGAAUAAAAAUGUCAGUAUGGAUACAGUUUCUAACUAAAAUAAUAUCUAGAGCAGCUUUAAUCCAAUAUAAAUAAAUUCAAAUGUAAACUAUUAAAAAGAGUUUUAUGAUGGAAAUCCUGAAUCCUUGGAUAACUCUGCUCUUUGA